AUGAAGAACACUAAACCUCAAAACCAACCAACACCUUCACGAUCUUCAUCAGUAUCAACCCAUUUACAAAUGGUUGAACUCAAACACAAGAUCUUAACCUCCCUCUCCAAACUCUCCGACCGAGACACCCACCAAAUAGCCGUUGAAGAUCUCGAAAAGACCAUACUAACCCUCUCCCCCGACGCCAUUCCCAUGAUCCUUAACUGUCUAUACGACGCCAUUUUAGACCCCAAACCCUCUAUAAAAAACGAAUCCCUCCGUUUACUAUCCUUCGUUUGUUCCUCCCACCAACACUCCGCGGGACCGCACCUCACUAAAAUCAUUUCCAAUAUAGUCCGGCGGCUUAAAGAUACCGAUUCGGCUUCCCGCGACGCGUGCCGAGACUCGAUUGGGGCGAUUGCGGCUCUUUAUUUGAGAGGAGAGAAUAAUGGGAAUGGGAGUGGGGGUUCGCUUGUUGGGUUGUUUGUUAAGCCUUUGUUUGAGGCAAUGGGGGAACAGAAUAAAGGUGUUCAGGCAGGGGCGGCGGUAUGUAUGGCGAAGAUAGUUGAAUCUACUGCUGCUGUGAAUGAUGUUGAUGCGGGGGUUGUGCCGGUGGGGGCUUUUCAGAAGAUGUGCCCUAGGAUCUGCAAGCUGAUUAAUAACCCUAAUUUCUUGGCUAAGGCUGCGAUUUUACCUGUGGUUGCUGCAUUGUCUCAGGCUGGGGCAAUUGCACCACAAAGCUUGGAAAAUUUGCUAUCUAGCAUUCAUGACUGUCUCUCCAGUAGUGAUUGGGCAACACGCAAAGCAGCAGCAGAGGCAUUAAGUUCUUUGGCUUUGCAUUCAAGCAGUUUGCUUACUGAUAAAGCGGCGCCCACAGUGGCAUUGCUCGAGGCUUGUCGGUGUGACAAGAUAAGACCUGUGAGGGAUAGCAUGACAGAGGCAUUGCAGCUGUGGACAAAAAUUGCAGGGAAAGAAGAUGGAUCUUCUCAUGAUUCAAAGCCCUUGUCGUCUGAUGGCGGGAAUCCUGAUCCAGCUGUUUCGUCAGAAACAAGUGACCUGAAAAAGGUAAAUACUGAUGAGAGGAGGAUUGAUCCAUCAGUAAAAGAAUUACUAACCAGUUCUAACACGGAUUCGAAUUCUAAAGCCAAAGCGGCUAGCGUCUCUGAGAAGGCAGUUGUAAUUUUAAAAAAGAAACCACCUGUCUUAAAUGACAAAGUACUAAACCCAGAAUUUUUCCAAAACCUUGAGAAAAGGAGCUCUGAUGAUUUACCAGUGGAAGUGGUUGUUCCUCGCAGAUGCCUCAAUUCUUCAUCCUCAAACAACGAGGAAGAGUCAGAGGCAAGUGCUAAAGAUUUAAACGAAAGAACGAAUCCUGUUGGAAAUGUCCCUAAUGAUGGCUUUCAUCGAUCUGUCAAUAAUAAAUAUCAUGGUUUAGAAAAAGGAAAUGAUGGGAAUUUAAGACAGAGAAAUUAUGACGACUUUGCCCAAGACAGAUACUCUGAGAGGAGAAUGAAUGCGAAAGAACUAAGGACCAAACCAAACGAUACAAAUGACAGGACUGAAAAUGAUCAGAGAGAGGGUUCCUCCAAUAUUGCAGGUUUUUCUAGAGCUGAUGGUCAAUCAGAAGUACCCUUCUCCAAUAAUAGAGGAAACUUGUUGGCCAUCCAAAGACAAUUAACACAGCUUGAAAGACAACAGGUUCAUCUGAUGAACAUGCUGCAGGAUUUCAUGGGUGGAUCUCAUGAUAGUAUGGUGACUCUAGAGAACAGAGUACGAGGUCUUGAGAGAAUUGUUGAAGAUAUGUUACAAGAUUUAUCUAUAUCAUCAGGCCGGAGAUUUGAGGGAUCAUCUACUCGGCCUUCUAGCAAAUAUAAUGGUUUUAAUGAUUACUCCAAUGCUAAGUAUGGAAGAGGUGGUGACGGACGCAUCCCAUAUAAUGAAAGGUAUACCCAAACUGAUGGGAAUGCUUUGGGGAUGAGGGGAAGAGGGCCAUCUUGGAGAUCUGACAUGCCUGAGGGUUGGGAUUUUUCUGGGUAUGGUGCUUCUAGAAAUGGCCAGAUCUCCUCAAGGAGGGCUUUUGGUGGUAGUUCUGUUGAUGGAAGAUCACCAAAUUCAUUGCAUGAGAGUGAUCAAGGGGGCAGCAGGAGAGCUUGGGAUAAAGCAGCAAUGCCCAUCCGGCUUGGUGAGGGGCCCUCUGCAAGGAGUGUUUGGCAGGCUUCUAAAGAUGAAGCUACCUUGGAAGCAAUUCGGGUUGCUGGUGAAGACAAUGGACCAUCUAGAGCAACAAGAGUAGCAAUCCCCGAAAUGACUGCAGAAGCUCUGGCUGAUGACAGUGUUGGACAAGAGAGGGAUGCAAUCUGGACUUCUUGGAGUAAUGCAAACGACGCCCUUCAAGCAGGUGACAUAGAUUCAGCCUUUGCUGAGGUGUUGACUACUGGAGAUGACCGUUUGCUUGUAAAACUAAUGGAUAGAACAGGCCCUGUAAUUAAUGAACUUUCAAAUGACAUUGCUUGUGAGAUCUUGUAUGCCAUCGGACAAUUCUUACCGGAGCAGGACCUGUUUAACAUCUGCUUGUCUUGGAUUCAACAGUUGGUGGAGGUGUUAUUCGAAAAUGGCCCAGAUACUUUUGGCGUUCCCAUGGAAGUGAAGGAAGAGCUCUUGCGGAAUUUACACGACGCUUCAACAGAUACCACAGAGGGCUGGGAAGGUGUUCCUCCAGAUCAACUUUUAUUGCAGUUGGCAUCAGGCUGGGAAAUUGAUCUUCAACAACCUGACAAAUAA